CAAUACAAUAUAAUAUGGAGUAUCAAAAUGCACUAAGUUGAGGUAUCUUAAUCUAACUAGAUAUGAACAGAUUCUCAAGCUCUAAAUGGAUUUAUAAAUUUGCUUAAUUUUCCGGCCUGCACAAUAUGCAGACGACCGACGACGACGAUGAUCAGAGUAGAGAUUAUCCAAAAACAAACCAUCAAACCUUCUCGUCCAACACCUCACAACCUUAGGGACUACAAAUUUUCCCUCCUUGAUCAACUCGCCGUCAAAUUCUAUGUUCCGGUCGUUCUCUUCUACCCAACCACCGCCGGAAUAUUCCCUGCGGAGGAGUCAACCAUGUCGUCCUCAUCGUUGUUUGAUCACCUCAAGGAAUCUCUUUCGAUGACGUUAACCCAUUUGUACCCGCUGGCCGGCAGGGUGAAGGACGUGUUCACCCUCCGCUGCAACGACGACGGCGCCCUCUUCGUGGAGGCACGCGCCGUCGGAGAGAACUUAUCCUCCGUCGUCAGCCGCCCCAGAAUGGAGACCCUUUGUCGGCUGCUUCCUUGCAAUCCCGGAGAAUGGCCCAGUAAAGUGAACGACUAUGCCCUGCUAGCCGUCCAAGUCACUGAGUUUCCUUGCGGUGGAAUCGCCGUCGGCGCGUGUCUUUGGCACGGGAUCGCUGAUGCUUCCACCGCCGCCACGUUCUUGCAGACGUGGGCCACCAUCAGUAGGGAUGGGGACGACAGCAAAAUUGGCGGCGGCUUUGUGGUUGAUUGUAGUGGAAUCUUUGCUCCGAGGAGCGUGGAUGUGAACCAGACGGUUCCAUGGGACGGAGAGGCAGCGACGAAAGGUCAACCCGUCACAAAAAGAUUCGUGUUCGAGGGAUCCAAGAUAGCGACACUCAGAGAAAAACUAGCCACCUCGUCCGGCGGAAUUAUAGCGAGUAUUCCGACGAGGAUCGAGGCCUUGACGGCGCUGAUAUGGGCGGCGUUCAUCGCCGCAUCUCGGGAGAGGAACAGAGACCUCAAGCUACACCUCUUGGUGAGCGCCGUCAACUUGCGGAAACGGAUGGUCCCGCCGCUGCCUCCCAACAGCAUCGGAAGCACUUUACACAUAGCCCUCGCGAAACUGGCGGCGGCGGGGGAGCGGGGAGCCUCCGUGGACGAGUGCCGGCGGGGAGUGCAGGAGUCGAUACGGAGGGUGAAAGAUCCGGUGGUGAGGGAGGUGUACGGCGGCGGGGAGGGAGCGCCGCCGGAGAGUCUGGCGGAGGCGAUGGAAAAGGGAAGCAAUAAUAUUGAAAUUAAAGUUGGUGCGGAAGAGGUUGUUGGGUGCCUGAUAACAAGUAGCUGGUGCCGAUUCCCGUUUUACGAAGCGGACAUGGGGUGGGGAAAGCCGAUGUGGGUGGCGAACGCGGCGGUGGGGAUGAAUACGGUGGUGUUCUUGGACACGGCCGACGGGGAGGGAGUAGAAGCGUGGGCGAAAUUGAGAGAGGAGGACAUGUUUAGGCUCGAGCAAAACCAAGACUUUGCCACCUUAGUUUCCUUCACCCAAACUGUAUGA